CUUGACCCUCACGCACCUGCAAUAAUAUGUCUGACUUCAUGCCAAUCGUAUCGCCACCAACACCAGCUCCUUCUCCUCGUCCUUCCCCCUUUCAUUACUCAACAUUUCAACCCAAAUACAAUCCUUUAAUCCCAUCCGAAUUCUCAACUCUAGGUCCCGCCUCACGCAAACAAUAUCUUAUCUCAAUCCUCCAUGAAUGUUCCCCAGCAGAACUCCGUUUCAUCUCACAAACAAUAACCCCCAUGCUAAAGCGUGAUGUGCUAACAGAACUACCAGCAGAACUCGCCCUCCACAUCCUAGCUUACGUCGAUGACCCGUGCACUCUCGCUCGCGCAAGUCAAGUCUGCAAACGCUGGCACGACCUCGUCGCAGAUGACUGGCUUUGGAAAGUCUUAUGCGAUACAUACAGCUUCAGAGCGGAUACAGAAGACAAAUCUGGUACUAAUCUACUUGAAGACGACGAAUCUUGGGACGAGACGGAUAAAUUCACUUCGAAUUCAAUAGACCCGUGGCUCGCAGCACGAGAUCGACUCAAACGGCAAGAACUUACUUCCGUAUCCCACUGGGGUCCAUAUUCCUCGGAUGAACUUUUACAUGCUAGAACCCAGUUUUCUCAUCAAGAAUAUUUCAGGCGCGCUUAUGGCACAAUGCUUAAUCUGAGGAAGGGCGGUAAUAUCCUCCGCGCUCACCGCAUGCCAAUCCCAACACCAGACAGUGGUGUAGUUACAUCCGUAGCCCUCGACACAGAAUGGGUAGUCGUUGGCCUAGCAAACUCAAAGAUCCAUCUAUUCAGCGCAAUCACAGGCGUACUCAGCCGAACGCUUAUGGGUCACGAACUAGGCGUAUGGGCAGUUCAUCUCAUCUGCCGCGGCGGCUAUUGGGGUCGCGGAGAGAUGGAUGAAGACGGAUUCCCAGACGACGCAGACGAUCCAGUCGUACCCGCAGCCCUAAAAACCGCACUCGGCAUCGACAGGCGCAGGCGGAUGCAAUACCCAGCGAGCGUUGGAGACGACUCUUCUAAGCCGAGCGAUAUAUGCUGUACAAGUGAAGGAUGGGGCCAGCCAAAUUCUAUCAUCGUCAGUGCUAGUUGCGACAAGACGCUUCGCGUUUGGGACGCCAGAUCUGGACAUUGUAUUUACGUCCUUCGUGGUCACACUGCCACUGUCAGAUGUGCCCGAGUUCUGCACAACCGCCCGAUCGCAGUAACAGGUUCUCGAGACUCUACUCUCCGUGUAUGGAACAUCCAAAAGGGAGUCAUGCUCCGUGUACUUCACGGGCAUACCGCGAGCGUAAGAUGUCUCGACGUAUGUGGCAAUAAAGUUGUCAGUGGUAGUUACGACACCACAUGUCGAAUAUGGGACGUCGAUACAGGUGAAUGCAUACGAGUCCUCCGAGGUCACAGCCAUCAAAUCUACUCCAUCGCAAUCGACGGCAACUUUGUCGCUUCAGGGGGCAUGGACACCAUCGUCAGAAUAUGGGACGCAACCACAGGAAACUGCAUCGCCCAACUCACAGGUCACACCGCCCUAGUCUGCCAACUCCAACUCAGCACCAGCACCAGCCUCCUCGCCACAGGCGGCUCCGACGGCCGAGUCAUCACCUUCUCCCUCCGCUCUUUCACCGCCCUUCAACGUCUCGCCGCACACGACAGCAGCGUCACCUCUCUCCAAUUCGACGCCAACUUCCUCAUCACGGGCGGAAAUGACGGCCGCGUGCGGGUAUUUGAGACGCAGACUGGGACGUGGGUGCGGGAUCUGAGUGAGCGGUCCGAGAGCGUGUGGAAAGUGCUUUAUAAGAAGGGGGUGUGUGCGAUUAUGUGUAAGAGGGCGGGGAAGACCGUUAUGGAGAUUUGGACUUUUAAGCCUAAGGAACGAUGAAAUGAGACGAUUUAUUUAUUGUUUGCACCGAUGUAAGAGUCAGUGUAAGUGUGAUUGUACGGAGUACUAUAAUUUGGAUUAAUUGAAUUUUGGAUCUG